UUCAUUCAAACCUUUCUCCUAAAAAUAAUUUAUAUAAAAAUGCAAAGAGAAUGGAAAUGAGAAAGCAAAAGCCCAAACCCAUGAUGUUAAUGUAUGUAUAUAUUUUGGUUAACUAUCUCCUUAGACUUUGGCAAUCGAAUUGGAGCGUAAAUAAAGCAACCGCGAAUUUGGAAGACAGCAAAAGAGAUGAUUUCUAUAAAUGGGUUAAGCUUAAGCGUAGUUAAACCCAAAAUCGCAUUCACCAAGAGCCCUUAUCUCGUUCCUCUGUUUUUCCAUAACCCCAAAACCUCUUCUUCAUCGCCUUCGCAAGUCGCUUUAAGACCUGUUUCUUCUUCAAUGUCUUAUGAUAAGGAGCUUGCGGCCGCCAAGAAGGCUGCCUCUCUCUCUGCCCGCCUCUGCCAGAAGGUACAAAAAGUUCUUUUGCAAUCAGAUGUCCAGUCAAAAUCAGAUAAAAGUCCAGUCACAGUGGCUGAUUAUGGCUCACAAGCACUAGUUAGUUUUGUACUACAGAGGGAGCUUCCUUCUGAACCAUUUUCAUUGGUGGCUGAGGAGGAUUCAGGAGAUCUUCGCAAGGAUGAGGCCCAGGAAACACUAGAGCGCAUUACAAAACUUGUCAAUGAUACUCUAGCUAGCGAUGAAUCGUAUGCCACCUCUACUUUAUCUACAGAAGAUGUGCUCAGGGCCAUUGACUCUGGCAAAUCUGAUGGUGGUUCUCAUGGCAGGCAUUGGGUCCUGGAUCCUAUAGAUGGUACUAAAGGGUUUCUGAGAGGAGAUCAAUAUGCAAUUGCAUUAGCAUUGCUAGAUGAAGGACAAGUAGUGCUGGGCGCCUUGGCUUGUCCAAAUCUUCCUUUAGCUUCUAUUGGUGGUGUGAAUCAACAUCCUUCGCAAGGUGAAGUUGGUUGCCUUUUCUUUGCUAAUAUUGGUACUGGGACUUACAUGCAACUGCUGAAUAGUUCGUCAGCAACUAAGGUGCAAGUCACUGCAAUUGAAAAUCCCGAAGAAGCAUCAUUCUUUGAAUCAUAUGAAGCAGCACACUCUAUACACGAUUUGUCUAGCUCAAUUGCGAAAAAACUUGGUGUCAAAGCACCACCAGUUAGAAUUGAUAGCCAGGCAAAGUAUGGUGCUCUAUCCAGAGGAGAUGGGGCAAUAUAUCUGCGUUUCCCUCAUAAAGGUUACCGUGAGAAAAUAUGGGAUCAUGCCGCUGGAUGUAUAGUUGUGACAGAGGCUGGGGGAGUGGUCACAGAUGCCGCUGGAAACCCUUUAGAUUUCUCUAAAGGAAGAUAUCUGGAUCUUGACACUGGCAUAAUUGUUACCAAUCAGAAGUUGAUGCCAUCUCUUUUGAAGGCAGUUAGAGAUUCCCUGGAGGAGAAGGCUUCAUCCUUGUAAUUACUUCUGGAUUAAUGAUUUCACCAUUUCUUUUGUCUCAAGCUGUUCUUUAUGUCCCUUCAAUCAUCCACAAUGGCUUGUCAAUUGGUUGUUUUAGAAGCAAAUUUCUUGUAAUAAUUUAAUAAACCCUAGUCUCCUAUAG